AUGGAUUCUCUCGUAAGAGCUGCAGCAAUCGUAGUCGGGCUACUCUGUAUGUUUGACACUGCCAGCUAUUCUACGGGUGCACCGGAUUUAACGGUGCUGUCGAAAAUCUGCAAUGGCCAACAAUUUCGUGAUAAGAACACGCGUAAAAAGGUGGACAAUGUCCUUGUUCAAGUAAUAAAUAAUGCCCCAGAUCAUGGCUAUAGUUAUUACGCCUCGUCUGAUCCAUCAAACCCUACUGUGUAUGGGCAUGCAGCGUGCAAUGGACAACUUCCAAAGGAAGACUGUGUAUGGUGCCUAGUUGCCGCUAGCGAUGAGCUAUCACAUGAUUGUCCUAAAAAUCCUGUAGGAGCUCAAGUUCAUCUUCAGGAUUGUAGAUUAAGGAUAGUUGAUGAAGACCUUUCCUACUUAAAUUUCCCUCCUUCAGAGAUUGUGGAGCCAAAAAAUGAAUUAUGA